AAUUUGUCGUUCUGAAACCGAUUGAUUGCUCUUUGAAAAGCAUACUUUGAAUUAUUGGCAAAUGAGCUCAACAAGGUGGAGCCACAAUUAGCAGCAAUCGAUGUUGGACUAAAAUAAACAAUCACCAAUUUCUAACCACUCAGCAACAAAAUCUCGCUUUGUCGCGUGGUUGGCAAAUUUUGUUUUUAAUUUUGUUAAGGAAGGAUUAAAAAAUAAUUUGACACGAAACGCUAUUCAUAUGUAAAACUGCUCCGUUUAAACACAGCACCUUGAAACCUGCUGACUAAGUAGUGUUUGUUCUUGGUAAUGAAGAAGAAAUUAGAGGAAUGCGUUCGUCUCAUCAAAAACAUUUCGCGCUAAGGUGCAAAACGAAUCAGCUACCGGACCACUAAAAGGGUUUGGUUCGUGUCAAAUUGAAUUUUUAUUAUCUCAAAUCUUGUGUCUUUUUAUUACUCUUCUGAGGAAAGGUUUUCUUAAGCGGUUUGAAAUGCCAGUUGGAUUUGUUUCCCCACACAGUUUGCAGUUUGUUUUGUAAAACUCUUUUCAUUCAUUGUUGCCGCGGAGUGCGGUUUUUAGAACAAAAGAAUCUUCGCAAGUCAAUGAACUCAAUGCUCGAUUGUUCUCUUGAAAUAAAUCACGUCACACCUUUUGGUUUCAUUUCCGUCCAAGCUCCGAUGAGAUCGCAAGUCUUUCACAGACGAAGGGUCUUCAUUUGCCCCGAAAAUUUGUAGGUGUUACGUUGGUGAACAUGGCUGCGGCCACGACUCGGCGCAGGCAGAUUUUCGUUCGGCCAACAAGUGAGAUACUUACCGUAUUAGACUGGCGACAGGUUUCUAACGACAGAGCAGAACAAUGGCGAAGUGAGACGUGUUUAGAUGAAAAGUUUUUCGAGAAUGAAGAACGCAAUCUCCGAACUGGUUACGUUUGUGGCAGUUACGAGCUUACAAGCGAGCAGAUCGACGAAUCUGAAAGCGAAAUGGCAACACAGGAAGAACCAGACAAUCCUGAGGUCAAACGAAGUGUUCUUAAGGUAAAUCUGAAGCCGGCCUGUGUUCAAGUCAAGCCAAGGCUUGUGAAAGCUCAAUCGAUGGCCAGUUUGCCUAGAAAAGAAGGGUCCGGUGGCAAACUACCCCAAAGCACUGAUCAAGAUAUGAGCAAACUUAAUCGACGAAAGAGCUCGUUAGAUGUGUCUCUUGCAAAACUUCGAGUCGAAAUGAACUCUUUAAGGAGACAAGAUAUGGAGUUACUAGAACAACUCCUCAGCCUUAACAACAGCAUACAGGACUUCAAGCUUUCCCAGCAUGCUUUUCUGUCUGACUCCUCUGACGAAUCCGACCAUUCGGAGAUACCCGUAGAAAAGCCACUGAAAACAAAACGCUGGCACAGCAGAGGAAGUCUGGCCUCGGACGGAAGUGAUUACCACAGCGAGUCAAGUCGGUCAUCAAUAGGAAGUAAUCCCUCUCUCAGCGGAAGUGACGUUGCAAGUUAUGACAGCGGUCACGAGAGUUGGACUGGCCUGAAGUCUUGCAGAAGGAGAAGUAAAGGGAAGUUUGGAUCGGGAGACCUGAGGCGAGUUUCCUUUGGAACAGUCAGCGAGCGAAGUGGAAGCGGAAGCAAAAUCUUCAACAACGGAAGUGAAGUUGUAUUUCCGGCUCAAACUAUUCGGCGUAACUCGGAUUUCCGCGUGGCCGAGAUCAAGCCGAUCAGGACUCUAAGUAAACGACAAAGUACAAUAUGGUAAUCUUUAGCUGCUUUUACCCGGAUAUCAAAAUUUUAAACCCUUUCCUUCCUUCCUUUUUUGUGGGUCAUGAACGAUGGGCAUUGGUUAGUAAAGGGUUAAGUACGUUUGUAACUGUCGACAUUUUCCGCUUAUGUCAGUGAAGUCUUCUAGGACCCUGUUGUUUAGGAUUCUGGAAGGUUAGCUAGGACGCACCAAGGAACAUCUUUCUCACGCUUUAUUAGUGUCCCGCAAGUAGUUCAGCGAAAGUCCCGCCAGGUCAUUAAACAUUGUCUCCGCCCAAGUCGCCAUUAGCCUGCGAACGUAUUUCCGGCUGUCGUUUGUCUCCAAUCGGAGAUGACGUCGGCUAGAAACAUGAUUGGAAAUUCCCCGAUAAAAAACCCCGAGCGUACUUCGCCCUUCGUUACCUAAAGCCGACCGUUAUAGAUCGUAUUCCUAAAUGAUCGUCCUGAUUUAUAUUAUAUAGCCUCUGUCUGACGGAGAUUUAAGUGUAUAUGAAUGGACAAGCUUGAAUUGUUUUAAGCUAAAAUUUUUAUAGAAUUAUAGCAAGCGCCCUAGCUCAGACUCGUAAUAACGCAAAUACAAUUUUUUUGUCUGUAAGCGAAAGAUUUUUCUCGUAGCAAAAAAAUAUUGUGACACAGCUCGCUUAAGGAUGGCCAUGUAUGUAUACAGUAUAGUCAAUAAUGCUAUGACAAAAUUUACUCAAUUUUUUAUGAUAUACAGAGCGAGAUCAUAUUCAGGUAACCCAGGUUUAGCGAGAAAUUUGAUUUUGGUUUCAACUUUCCGGUGAGAUUUCUGUUUACAUUGUUUGUUCUUUGGUUUUGGGCUUGAAAAAUCUCAAACUACUCAAAACAUAAGCAGUUAAACACAUUUUUGUAUCAAAAAAGAACUCGAUCGUUAGGCUACCUUUUAAUCCUGGGAUAGCCUUAAACAACUUUCGAACAAAAUAACCCGGCCAGAACGGCUCAGAAAGGAAUAAAUUGAUGAACGGUGACAUACAAUAAAUUAUGUCUAGUUUAUGAUAAAAGUGAAUUUUUAUCCAUCCAUUUUUAUCCAUCAUUGUUACAGACCCAAAGAAAUUGGUUAUAACCAAACAAAAAAUACAUUAUCGCUUAACGGCAACCGAAAAUGUACGGAUAAUAGGUGAUAUUCAUUUAGCUUUUCUUUCGUUAUUUGUUUCCUUUGCUUUAGUUUUAUUUUAGAGAAUCUUUAUAGACAAGACAUAAAAUAUGAUGCUUUGACACACGCGUUACAUUCGUGUUCGAAAUAAAGAGUUUUUAUUGAUUAGCUUAAGUUCGUGAUAUCUUCGAUACAUUAUCGUAUUUUCUUCGUUUUUCCGUCCGAAGCCCUUGACGCUUAUUCUUAGUGUUGUGGAAGAGCCUGUAAUCUCUGUUUCAGGGUUUUUAGGACAUUUGAACUCGCUCAUCAAGAAUGACGGCUAUUAAUUAAAUAAAAUGACAUAUGGCUGAUUAGUUGAAGGAAUUAAUAAAAUCAUGAUAUUGUAUUGUAUCAAAAGUUCAGUGUGUAUGCUUGUAUUUGAUAGAGUGAAGUUAACUCAAAUAAUUGCACCUUUUAUGGUAUUUUCACAUGACGUCACGGCAGCUAUAUUG